CUACUACAACACCCAGACAUGAGGCUGGCGCCGUUAAGACCUGCGUUGCUGCGAGCGGCAGUCGCACCCACACGGCAGGUGCGUCCGCAUGCCAGGCUCGUGCACACGUUUUACAACGAGUCGUUGGCGGGCUUGACGUCGGACCAGGCCGAGCUGCGCGACGCCGUGUCGUCGUGGGCCCAGUCGCGUGUGGCUCCUCGCGCCCAGGAGAUUGACAGCACAAACACGUCGCCCAUGGAUCUAUGGCCGAGCCUGGGAGAGAUGGGCCUGCUGGGCAUCACUGUCCCGGAGGAGUACGGAGGCUUGGGCAAAGGGUAUCUCGAACACACUAUCGUCAUGGAGGAGCUCUCGAGGGCAUCGGGAUCGCUGGCGCUCUCGUACGGCGCACAUUCGAACCUGUGCGUUAACCAGAUCGCGCGAAACGGCACGGCGGCGCAGAAGCAAAAAUACCUUCCCGACCUCAUUUCGGGUGUCAAGGUCGGCUCUCUGGCCAUGAGCGAGCCAGGCAGUGGGUCCGACGUCGUGAGCAUGACGACGACGGCCAAGAAGCAGGGCGACGUCUACGUCCUCAACGGCUCCAAGUUCUGGAUCACAAACGGGCCCGUCGCGUCGACGUUUGUCAUCUACGCAAAGACGUCACCAGACAAGGGCCCCAAGGGCAUCACGGCCUUUAUCGUCGAGCGCGACACACCGGGCUUCUCGACAUCGCCGAAGCUCGACAAAUUUGGCAUGCGCGGCUCCGACACCUGCGAGCUCAUCUUUGACAACGUCGAGGUGCCUGCCGAGAACGUGCUGGGAAAGGUCGACGGGGGCGCCGCCGUGCUCAUGAGCGGCCUUGACCUCGAGCGUCUGGUCCUGUCUGGCGGUCCACUGGGCCUGAUGCAGGCUGCAUUCGACUUUAGCACAGACUACGCGCACCAGCGCAAGCAGUUUGGCAAGCCCAUUGCCACGUUCCAGCUCAUGCAGGGAAAGAUUGCAGACAUGUACACCAAGCUCAACGCGAGCCGGGCCUACGUCUAUGCCGUCGCUCGCGCCUGCGACCAAGGCCACGUCUCGCGGCGGGACUGCGCAGGCGCGAUCCUCUACAGCUCCGACCGUGCCGUCGAGGUCUGCUCCGAGGCCAUGCAGUCCUGCGGCGGCAACGGCUACAUCAACGAGUAUCCCGUCAACCGACUGCUGAGGGACGCCAGGCUGUACACCGUCGGUGCAGGCACCCAAGAGAUCCGAAGGAUGCUCAUUGGCAGGACAUUCAACGAGGAGCUGGCUGAGUGAGGCAGUGGAAGUGAACGGUAGCCGCUCCUCUAGGGCUGUAUAUAGUAAUUCUCGUCUAGGUAGUGGAAAACUGCAUUACUUUCGGGACCUGUUAUUCUUCUCUACUUCUUCUUAGGUCCACCCAGGGGCUGGC